CUCUUCACCGACGACGAAGUGCAUGCGCUCGCGCUGAGCUGGCACCGCCUCGACCCCUGGCCGGACAGCGUCGAAGGGCUGGCCCGCCUCAGCCAGCGGUUCCAGACGUCAACCCUGUCCAACGGCAACGUCAGUUUGCUGCUCGAUCUCUGCAAGCACGGCCCGCUCCCGCUGCCGUUCACGCACAUCACCAGCGCCGAGGAGUUUGGCGCGUACAAGCCCGCGCCAGCGGUGUACGACGGCGCCGCGCGCAAGCUGGGCCUGCCGCCGCAGGACUGCGCGCUGGUGGCGGCGCAUCUGGCCGAUCUGAAGGCGGCCAAGGCGCGAGGGUUCCAGACCGUCUAUGUGGAGCGGCCGCAGGAGGAGGACUACACGGACGAGCAGGUUGCGCAGGCGAGGCGCGAGGGUUGGGUGGAUGUGUGGGUUGGUCUGGAGGAGGAUGGCUUUCGCGAGGUUGCGAGGCGGUUAGGAAUAUGGCAGCAGCCAGACAGUACAGGGUAG